GAUACUUGCUUCCCACUUCCUGCUUGCGCAUGGACGAAACUAAACUUCUCUCUUGUCAGUCCGUUGGCUUUGGGCGCUUUGCGUGUCGUUCUCCGGGUUUUGUUGGAAUGAGUACUCUAGCGCAAGGAAUAAUUUAGAAAUUUUGUUGUCCGCGCGCUCGCCUAGCUCUCCCUCUUCUCUGCUCGUCUCCGCAAGUGCGCUAACGUUAGCGACGGACAGUGGCCGUGGCUGGUGGUGGUCGUGGCGCUACGAGGCAGCUCACAUCUCUAGCACAAUUUUGUGCACACAGCUAAGGCGGACGGAGACGGCCCAAGCUCUCCCAGUGAUCAGAUCUAGUGACUACACACACACGCGCGCACGUGUACACGCAGGGGCAUUGUCAGCGCUGCGGUCAGUUCAACAUGCCUGAGAUCUCCAGUAUCGUCCACCUGGUUAUUGCCAUACUGGCAACUCUGUUCGCUAUCAUCGUAGUCGGAGUGACCAACGAUCGUCUGAUAAGCCCCGCUCCCGGGUCACCCAUAGCCGUGUGCUAUUUAGGAAGUCCACGGCCCCUUGCUUUCCCUUCAAGCCGCGGUUGUGACACAGCAGUUGGUAUUGGAGCUGUUGGACUGAUUGCUGGAUUCAUUGUGAUAGCAAUGGCCGUGGUGGAACUCGUCGGGGUCACCGUGCUAGCUUUUCUCAACUCUAAACCCGUCAAUUUAGUCAGGGCCAUUGCCUGCGGUGUGCUGGCCUUCCUCUUCCUCGUAGCCUUUGGAGGUUGUUGUGGACGACUUCAAUAGCAACUCCUUGGCAAAGGCUAAUUUCGAAAGUCGCAAGAGUGAUGGUGAAGCAGUCGCUGCUUUUUGUUUCUUUCUCCAUUGCUGCCUGGACGGCACUGGUUGUCAUGUAUGUCAUCCGGGUCAUCAAAGGAACUUCCUCUUCCUCUUCAGCACCCUCAGCCAGUGUUGCCUGAUGGUCAACCAAUGUCACAUGAUCUUUUCUGGAUUGCAAUGACAUCAUGUUGAGGCAGGCUCUGAUGUCAUGGCGAUGUCAUGUUGAGUCCUUGUGAUACUGUGGGCCGCUGCUAGCUGUUUAGGAUGGCCAUCAUGACGGUGGUGACGGGAUCACAGUUGACGCUGCUGCUCUUUUUAUUGCUGCUGUUGUUGCGCUUGAACGUGUGUAUUUGUAUGUCCAUGUGCACGCGUAUGUGAACGUUUACACGGA